UAUAGGAUUCUAGCCCUUUCCACCAAUUUUCUCUCUCCUCCAAAAUAAUUCCAGUUCUUUUACUCUCUAGAACUUCAUCCCCAAUUACCUCCCUAAAUCACCUGGAAAAAACCCUAAUUUCUUAAAUCUCGACCUGAUUUUCGCGCGCUUUCUCUCUCCUCAGUUCAGAAAUGGGGGAAUUGAAUAUUUCUGAGAUGACGUUACCGUCUCUAUUCGAUCAAGCUCGUAAGAUUCAUCAGCUGGCUUCUGAUUCAACCGUUGAUCAGGAGAGUAUACGAAAGGGAUGUGAAAUGUUGGAGAAAUGCGAGGAUAUGAUUAGUAGAUUGGGAUUGUUUUCGACUAAUGAAACUAAAGAGGAUAUUAGCACUGCUAAUCUCAAGUAUAUUCUGGUUCCAUACUACUUAGGUGAGCUGACAGAAAAAGUUUCACAGGAAGAUAGGGUACAAAUUCUUAAGGCUUCACAAGCAAAGCUGAAGGAAUUUGUUACAUUUUGUGAAGCCAUGGAGCUCUUACCUGAAGAAGAGUCGGAAUCUUCCAAGCAAGGCAGUUAUAAUACUUUUGCUGAUAAAAGGGCCAAAAAGAUUGCUCGUUUUAAACGACAAAAGGCUGCUGAGUCUAAGCUACUAGAGAUCAAAGAGCGUAGGGAACGACGUGGACGUUCAACAAGAGCUUCAGCUUUAUCUACACCAGUUGAAGCAGGAGAGGAAGAUGUGUUGGAUGAUGAUGGGGAGGAAGAGAGGGAGGCUUGGCUUACCACUAUCUCUUUGGCAAUUUGCAAGGCUUUGGAUUUGCUAGAAAUGCUGAAGAAAGAGGAAGAGAUGCUUUCUGCUGUGGAGAGACAGAUACAGGACGUGGGUAAGGAAUUCACCGAGUCUCUAUUAGAUGAACGGAAAAGUAAGGUAGAAGGGUGGCAUCGUGAUUCUGCCACCCGAGCUCAGUACACAAAACCAGCACCACCGAUAACAUGUGCUACCUUUGCACAAGAUGUUCUUGAAGGGAGAGCAACUGUUUCACAGGCACAUGAACACAAACAUCAACCCCUCAUAUUUGGACCAGCUAGUCUCACCGGCAGAAAUCUUACAACCGAGAGAGAAAGAAUGGCAGCACAGGUCUUCCAACCUGGCCACAGGUUACCAACCAUGAGUAUAGAAGAAGCUGGUGAGACGGAAAUGGACAUCAUGAAUACAUGGCAGGAGAGAACUAAGAAGUACAUAGAGGAAGCGAAUUCCUCAUGGUUCAAUGAUCCUAUUAAACCAGGCCCUCCCGAGGAGGAUGAAGAUGAUGAUGCCGCAGUGGAGAGAGCCAGAGCAUUUGACGACUGGAAAGAUGAUAAUCCUCGCGGUGCAGGAAACAGCAAGCUCACUCCCUGUGGUUAAACAUAUCAUUUACCUUACUAUUUAUUGAGAACCCAAAUAUACAAUGUUAGGAGGUUGCAGGUUAAUUUUCUUUUUUUUUUCUUCACAAAAUGAGGUUGCUUGUUGUUAACAACACCUUGAUGUAGUAUAAUUGUGUGGCUGUAUUUGUAGAUCACAAUUUUAUACUUUUAUACACGUUUCACGUUUGUAUGUGUUACAUACCCGAGCAUUUGAGUUACUAAUCUGAUUUUCGGAA